GCUCUGUGUAAAAUUGACAUUGACGUAUUUCUACUUUUAGUUUCGAUUUUCCAAAAUUUAUUUAAUAGAAAUUAUUUAUUAUAAAGAGAAAACGGAUGUUCGAAAAUGUACCGCUGUGCAAUAUCAGUUUUUCGAAGUAUACGACCAUUAACAAUACCAUAUUAUUGUAAUGCAUCCAGAAUUAUUUCCAACCAGCCGAGAUGUUUCUCUACAUUAAAUUCAAUUAAUACGAUAUCAUCUGGCUUACCAAAUGGAUCUUUGGUAAAUAACAAACAAAUAUUAGAUAUAUCUAAGAAUCUGAUAGUUCCGGUCAGAACUGUCACGAAAUUCAGCCUGAAAAGUGGUAAAAGAAAGACAGUCAAAGCGGUAGUAAAAAGGUUCUUUAGGUUACACUGGGGAGGUUGGAUUAGAACAAAAAUUGGUAGACAUAAGAAAUUAUGGAAAAAAUCACCCCCGCAGAAGAGACGCUUGAGACAACACGUAUUCUGUAAUGGAACUCAAAAUACAUUAUUAGACAAAAUGGUUACUAGAUAUUGGAAAAAACCUAAAUACUAUGUUGAAGAUCCAUAUGCUCCAUACCACACGAGAGAAGAAUUCCCGUACACAAGGAAAAAGCCCAGAGAUAUAUAUUAGAUGUUUGAGUAAAGUUUAUAAUAUAGGAUUCAUUUUGUCUUAGUUUGAUUUAAAUACAUAAAAAAACUUGAAAAUAUAAA